UUAAAAUCGGUUCGAUCAGGAUUCUCGGAGGCAUCCCCCGAUCGACCUAAGUCUGCGAGAGUGGUUUGUUGACGCAGCAGAGCCGUAUCUGACGUCGUGGGUUGAGUUUGGGCCUCAUCACUUAGCUGGGUGGUGUUGAUUUCGUCAUGGAGGGAUCCAUCGCCAUUUUCGCUAUGAAACGGUGAAGAGGACACAGCAUGUCCAUUUGAGAUCGAGUAAGCGGAAUGAAAGGACGCGCUGUCGUCUGUUUGCCUCCGGCCUGAAGUUGGCGUUUCAACAGCCGGGAAUGUGUCCUCAUCGAAGCUCUGUAAGGGAGAGUCGACUAGAUGAGAGUCCAAGGAAGGCAAAACAUUUUCCCCAAAAAUGUCCUCGCCAAUUUGAAAAGAAUCCCCGACCCAUUUGAUGUUCGCCUUACGAGUCCAGACACUUUGUUUCCUUUUUCGAAUCAUUUCAGGCAUCCCCGACCAGGCGCUUUGCUUGAAUUUACGAAGAAGCUCUUCCUGGCGGCUAGGAUUCAUGCCGCGGUUCCGGCUGGAGUGGGGAAUAACUCUUUGGAUAACAUGCCAGAGUCUUUCAUCAGAAAUGCUAUCAUCCGCAUUAGCUUGGUCGUUCCGAGCAACCUCGGAGAUCACUUGACGCGUUUUGCGAAUUUGGGGGGCUGCGACACGAAAAGGCAUGGGGCCAAUGAACUGACGUAUGACACAGGAAUGAUCAUCGAUGUGAACAGUUGGCUGGGGAGCUGGAAGGACAGAGUGGGCACCCGAGCCAGUCGCAUCGAGAUGAGUCGACUGAUUGCUGUCAAGGUUCGCGCGAUGCAUCGUUUGACCUCUUGGUAAUUGCCAUUUUGAACCACGUGCCGUCCAUGACGUUUUGACGUUUUGCCUGAAGCAACUUUCGAUCUACUUGCAGGAUCAUUCAAUUCAUGCCUAACAGCUGGUCACAAAGUGGUAUCUC